AUGGCUGCGAACGAAGAAAAUAUGGAGAAUCCGGUCGUCCAGAAAGAAGACGAGAACAAUGUGGCACGGGUCAGUUCAGAACAAAAUGUAUUUCCGGUCGGGAAAGUUAGCGAGGAACUGGACAGGGUAAUAAUCGGGAUUAUGCGACUGCCUAUUGAAGUGGAGGACGAGCUGACAGAUGCUCGUAUAGCGGAGAAGUAUAGAAAUCAGUUGAGGAAAGUGUUGAAAAAUCAAGUUGACUGGGCAAGUGAGAGGCUAGAGCGGCUCAAAGCAAGUGCGGUAGGGCUUAAGCUUUGUGGACAUGGAAAUUUCCAAACUUUGUAUGACAAGGGGAUAGAAAGUGCACAAUAG